GGCCCCGCGCGAGGCGUCCGGAGCUGAGGCGGCUGUGGUCGGGUUUGUGCUGCGCGCCAGCAGCGGGUUCGUAGCCGGGGCCGACGCCGUGGGCGGGGCCAGGACGACCAGCACCGGAGUCCCGGGUCAGUCUUCACGACCGGGCGGCGACGCUGCUGCGGGGCGGAGGCCGGGGCGCACGGCCUGCUGGACGGAGGACGGCUGAGCGGGACGGCGGGCGACCGCGCUGGGAAGCGCCUUGUAGAUGAUGGCUUUGGAUGUGCCUCUAUGAAGAAAUACCACGUGGCCCCAAAGCAAUUAUGUUUGAGCCAGCAGGAGUUGUAGCACACAGAGCUGGACAAAGCCGAAGCUCCAUUCUUUGCUGUUUAACCUACUUCUGAUAGAGUGUGAGCUCUGUGCAGAACCGGGGCAACCUUGAUCUGAUUCAGCUGUGGUGGCAUUUUUGCCACAGCUCCAUCCAUCUUCAGCACCUUCUCCAAUGGUUGGGUGUGGAUUGUCACUUAACACUUUGUAGAAAAGAGCCCGAGACCAAGACACACAGGAACUUGGGGAGAUCGGGGAAGGACACAUCAGGUCUCCUGCCAUCUUAGGAAGCCAGGGCCUGGUGACAUUCUUCCCCAGGUAUUCAGGUGAAGUCUGACCCAGGAACAGGAGCCACAUCCUCGCCAAUGACAUCAUGACAGCAAGAGAGCACAGCCCUCGCCAUGGUGCCAGGGCCCGAGCAAUGCAGCGGGCUUCUACCAUUGAUGUGGCAGCUGACAUGGUGGGCCUCUCUCUGGCAGGAAAUAUACAGGAUCCAGAUGAGCCCAUUUUAGAAUUCAGCUUAGCUUGCAGUGAGCUUCAUACUCCAUCGCUAGAUCGAAAACCAAAUAGUUUUGUGGCUGUGAGUGUCACCACCCCUCCACAGGCAUUCUGGACAAAGCAUGCACAGACAGAGAUCAUUGAGCAAAGCAUGGGAAGGAAGGGUCCCCUCCAGCAGGCUAGGUGGGACUUGGUGAAAUUCUGCCAUAGCAGGUCCAAGUGGGGCCCAGACUCUGCAGGUCUGACAGGAUUGCAGGGAACCAACAAUCCUAUAUUUCUAAGUAGCAUUGCCUUCUUUCAAGACUCCCUUAUCAAUCAGAUGACACAAAUCAAACUGUCUGUGUAUGAUGUCAAAGAUAGAUCUCAGGGAACAAUGUACUUACUGGGCUCUGGAACAUUCAUUGUCAAAGAUCUUCUUCAGGACAGGCAUCACAGAUUGCAUUUAAUACUAAGGUCUGCAGAGAGUGACCGUGUAGGUAAUAUAACUGUGAUUGGCUGGCAGAUGGAAGAAAAGUCAGACCAGCGGCCCCCUGUGACUCGGUCUCUAGACACUGUCAAUGGGAGGAUGGUUCUGCCUGUUGAUGAGAGUUUGACUGAGGCAUUGGGAAUCCGAUCCAAAUAUGCUUCACUUCGAAAAGACACUUUACUGAAAUCGGUGUUUGGCGGUGCCAUCUGCCGCAUGUACCGGUUCCCAACCACUGAUGGCAACCACCUACGGAUCCUGGAGCAGAUGGCAGAGAGCGUCCUCUCCUUGCAUGUGCCUCGGCAGUUUGUGAAGCUCCUGCUGGAAGAAGAUGCAGCCAGAGUCUGUGAGCUGGAGGAGUUGGGGGAGCUGUCCCCUUGCUGGGAGAGCCUCCGGCGCCAAAUUGUCACUCAGUACCAGACCGUCAUCCUCACCUACCAGGAGAACCUGACAGACCUCCAUCAGUAUAAAGGUCCCUCAUUUAAAGCAAGCAGUUUGAAAGCCGAUAAAAAGUUAGAAUUUGUUCCCACAAACCUGCACAUACAAAGGAUGAGAGUUCAAGACGAUGGAGGCUCAGAUCAGAACUAUGACGUCGUCACUAUUGGAGCCCCAGCAGCACACUGCCAAGGUUUUAAGUCAGGAGGUCUCCGCAAAAAGCUGCACAAAUUUGAAGAGACCAAGAAACACAGUUUUGAGGAGUGUUGUACAUCAUCUAGCUGCCAGUCCAUAAUCUACAUACCACAGGACAUCGUCCGAGCCAAGGAGAUUAUCGCCCAGAUCAACACCCUGAAAACCCAAGUUAGCUACUAUGCAGAGCGGCUCUCAAGGGCGGCCAAGGACAGGUCUGCUACUGGCCUUGAAAGGACACUUGCCAUCUUGGCAGACAAGACCCGGCAGCUGGUCACUGUCUGCGACUGUAAGCUGCUAGCCAACUCCAUCCAUGGGCUGAAUGCUGCACGGCCUGACUACAUCGCAUCCAAGGCCUCUCCCACCUCUACCGAGGAGGAGCAGGUGAUGCUUCGGAAUGACCAGGAUACCCUCAUGGCCAGGUGGACAGGGAGGAACAGCCGAUCUUCCCUACAGGUGGACUGGCACGAAGAGGAGUGGGAGAAAGUGUGGCUGAAUGUUGACAAGAGCCUGGAGUGCAUCAUCCAGCGGGUGGACAAGCUGCUGCAGAAGGAACGUCUGCAUGGCGAGAGCUGUGAGGACGUCUUCCCCUGUUCAGGCAGCUCCUCCAGCAAGAAAGGUAACCGGGACAGCCACGCCUACUGGAUCAGACCGGAGGACCCCUUCUGUGACGCCCCCUCCUCGCCAUGCCCCUCCUCCAUGCCCACUGCUGCAUGCCAUCCUCACCUGAACACACAUUGCAGCCCCCCUCCUGAAGAGUCCAGUCCAGGUGAAUGGAGCGAGGCCCUGUACCCCCUGCUGACCACCCUCACAGACUGUGUGGCCAUGAUGAGUGACAAGGCCAAGAAGGCCAUGGUCUUUUUGCUCAUGCAGGACAGUGCCCCCACCAUCGCCUCGUACCUCAGCCUGCAGUACCGUCGAGAUGUAGUCUUCUGCCAAACCCUGACUGCGCUCAUCUGUGGUUUCAUCAUCAAGCUGAGGAACUGCCUGCAUGAUGAUGGCUUCCUGCGGCAGCUCUACACUAUUGGGCUACUGGCUCAGUUUGAGAGCCUGUUGAGCACCUAUGGAGAGGAGCUGGCCAUGCUGGAGGACAUGAGCCUUGGAAUCAUGGACUUGAGGAAUGUGACCUUCAAAGUCACUCAGGCCAUUUCGAAUGCAUCAGCUGACAUGCUGCCAGUCAUCACAGGAAACCGUGAUGGGUUUAAUGUACGGAUCCCUCUGCCAGGCCCGCUGUUUGACUCCCUUCCCAGGGAGAUCCAGAGUGGCAUGCUGCUACGGGUGCAGCCAGUCCUCUUCAAUGUUGGCAUCAAUGAGCAACAAACACUGGCUGAGAGGUUUGGUGAUACUUCUUUGCAAGAAGUUAUCAAUGUAGAGAGUUUGGUGCGGUUAAAUUCCUACUUUGAGCAGUUUAAAGAAGUUUUGCCAGAGGACUGUCUACCUCGAUCUCGGAGUCAGACCUGCCUGCCGGAGCUGCUGCGGUUUCUGGGGCAGAACGUUCAUGCACGCAAGAAUAAGAAUGUGGACAUCCUCUGGCAAGCUGCUGAGGUCUGUCGCCGCCUUAACGGGGUCCGGUUCACCAGCUGCAAGAGUGCCAAGGACCGCACAGCCAUGUCAGUGACACUGGAACAAUGCCUGAUCCUGCAGCACGAGCAUGGCAUGGCUCCGCAGGUCUUCACACAGGCCCUGGAGUGCAUGCGGAGUGAGGGUUGUCGAAGAGAAAAUACAAUGAAGAAUGUUGGAAGUCGCAAAUAUGCAUUUAAUUCCCUGCAGCUGAAGGCUUUCCCCAAGCAUUACAGGCCUCCCGAAGGGACUUACGGAAAAGUUGAAACAUGAACACACGGUUUCCUCUAAUUAGCUGUUAUGUGAUAAAUGUGGGUACCCUCUAGUGUCAUAUACGAAUUCUUCAAGAAGACCUGAAGGAUUGAUUUUUAUUUUUGUGUUUUAAAUACUUCACUAAAGAGUCUGUGGAGCAUGUUUUUCUGUUGGAAUCCAUAGGAGGUAAUGUGUGGCCAGAUAGUGUGGAUAGUCAUGGCUACCCUUUGCAAUAGCUUUUAGCUGUAACUAUACAGCUAAUGUUGUAGCUCCUAUCAGAAGUCAGCUAGGUUUGUCUGAAAUGCCAGGAGACAUUUCCAAACACCCAUUUAGGCACUGCUCACCCCACUUAUUUUUCUACUCAGCAACUCAAAAGUGAGCAUUGGCUUAAAAUCUAAUUUUAAAAGUGUGGUUGUAAAACAGUAAAUCAUUAAACUGUUGAGUCAUAGGCAGACCGAUACAUGUUAAGUCUUGGGGGAAGAAGUUAGCACUUUCAUGCAGUGAGAGCAGCUGGUUCUAAUGAAUCCCGAAGGCCACUACUAUCUGUGAAACCCAAAGAAACAGGAAACUCUGGCUGCCCAUCCUCAGACAGCAUUCCAGGAGCUCAUGCAGGGGCCACAUUUCUUUCUACCCCUCAUGAGUUAUUGAACACAAUGUCUGAGAUGGAAAACCAGCUGUGAGGUCCCCGGACUCUGCCUCCUCUUAAGCUCCAUGUUUAGAUUCCACCACACCACAGGGCAUGUCUCAGUUUCUUCUCUGGUAAUCAGGACCUUAAAUGUGGCAUGUCUGAUGUCUGAAAGGCAGCUCUCCAGUGGAGGAUUUGUGGAUGUGGAGAGCGUGGAAACCUAAAGAUGUUCAGAACCAAUGUUCUUCUGUGAGAUUUCCAAUAGAUCUUCUAGAGGACAAUGCAAUCAUGUUUGAAUGUCUGAAGAAAGUGUCUUUUAGGUUUGCAAUAAUUGUUACUUUUCUCAUUCUGUUAUAUGACUAUUGAGAACAAAAUUAUCUCUUCUAGUGAGAUUUUGAAAGGGAUUUAUGGGCCAGGAAACUUAGAAAUUUCAUUGAAAAUUUAGUCUGGUCAUCUUUUAUAAGGUGAUGAUGGGUCUUAUCUGCACAUAGCAGAGUUUUUUUUCCUUAGGGAUUUAUAUGUUUUAUAAAUUCUGUUUGUCAUAAUUCUGUUUACAUGUUACUUGAAAGGUUAUAAAAGAUGUGUAUGUGGCACAUAAUGAUGAUGUGGUCCCACUGAUUUGUGAUUAAUUUUCUUUUGAAUCCUUUAGAAACAUAAGAAACUUGGGUCGGGGACACUAAGGUACAGGCAGGGCCAGACCUGGGCCUGGACAGGGAGGGUGCAGGCAUCAGUAGGGAUGGAAAUGGGUAUCCUUUCAGAUCCCUUUCCACCAUCCUGUAGAUAACCUGCUGUCUCCUGCUGUCUGCUGGAGGAGGGUGCAGUCUGUGAGGGGUGGUGGUGGCUCACUGCCCUGCCCUCAAGGCAGGGUACACUGUGGCAGGCCAUGGCAGAGAAGCACUUGUCCACCCAGCCCUCCACACAGGUGGCUGCUCUGCUGGUGUCAUAGUCUCCUCCUGAAGCUCCAGGCAGUCCCUUUCAAAGCCCAUUAGGUCUCAGUAUGGCUGACUAAGCCUUUUGCCCCUUCAUCAUUUCAUUUACUUCCUAAGUUUUCAGUUUUGUCUUAUUUUGACAUCACUGACUUUAAAACUGUUUUCUUCAGCUUUUAAAAUUAGAUGUUUUCCAUGACUUCCAUCCAAAGGACAUUACCUACCUGCAUUUGUAAAGGGAAUGGAGCAAUCGCUGGCUCAUCUGUCAGCCGUUUUGCAUGUGGCACCCUUACAUGAAUUAUUUUCUCAGCUUUUGUUUUAUAUUAUGAAUCACCAUAAAAUUCUAAGACUUGGCUAAUCACAGAAAAGGUUGCAGCUUCAGUGGUCUCUCUGAAGGCAUUCUGACUGGCUCCUAGAGUAUCACACGUCCCAGGCUUGCUGGGAAGGGGCACCUUGCACAGUCAUGGGCGCAGGAGCUCCUGGCAGCAUGGAGGAGGCUGAGUUGUUUGCUGCACGAGGAAGGAGAUUUUACAGGUUACCAUAGAAUGGAGGAGGUUCUGUUCAGUGUUUGCCCCCGUUUAAAAAGAAACGUUGAGGUAUCUGGACAGCCAGGACCGUCAUGUGGAUCUGGCAGAGCUCCUGCAGCACAGUUGCCUUUUGUUUCCUUUAAAGAUGUAAAAAUAUUGUAUAGUACUGUUUUAUCCCCCACAUAAUUGUAUUUGCCAAGCUUAGUGCAUUAAAAUACUUUUAUUUAUUUGUUUGGGGCAGUAUUAAUAUAUAUGAACAUAUAGUUACUGUUUUAUAUAUUCUCAGCUCAUUCAAAGCCAUGUAUGCUGUAAAUGUGCUAGUCUUUAGAAUGGUAAAUAAUAAAUAACUGAUAAGAACAUUAA